AUGCCUUCUCUAUGCCAGCACCGUGACAUCUUACAGCCCACAGAGAGCUCCCAUGCAGAGAAACGCCAGCUUUGUCUUUUGGAGAAGCCUCACGCAGGCAAAAACCUUAGUGCCUUCAAUUUAAUAGCGGAGUUCACCAGUCACCCGUCCGCGGAGGGGGAGCCGUCCGCGGAGGGGGAGCCGUCCGCGGAGGGAGCGCGCCCUUCCACGCCGCCGCCCGCGGAGGCUCGCAGCGAGCCGCACGCUGCCGCCUCGGACUCGGAGAGUGAUACAGAUUCGGAUAGUUCGUCAACUACAUCGUCCUCUUCGUGUUCUCCUUCGGCAGUGUCUGAUGAUGAUGAUCAUCCAAAUGAGAAGGAUAGCAGAAUAUGCUGCGUUAGAACAAAAGAUGAGUUGCCCCUUGAUGAACUGCCUCCUGUUGAAGAUUUAACCGUAAUUCUACCCGAUAAUGUUGAACUGAAGCCUUUUGGGACAGUUUCCAGUAUCAUUGAACAGCUAGUAAUAAUUGAAUCUCUGAGAGGCCUACCUCCAAUAAAUGAGGAAAGCAUAAUUUUUAAAGAAGAUCGACAAGCAGCAGGAAAGGUAUUUGAGGUGUUUGGUCCUGUUCAGCAUCCCUUUUAUGUGUUACGGUUUAACAGCUCUGAACAUAUUAAAGCAAAAGGUAUUAAUGUACAAGACAGCAUGUACUUUGCUCCAUCAGUGGAGGACUUCACCCAGUACAUAUUUGCAGAGAAACUACAACAAGAAAAAGGGUCAGAUGCAUCUUGGAAGAAUGACCAAGAACCACCACCUGAGGCCUUGGACUUCAGUGAUGAUGAAAAAGAAAGAGAGGCAAAACAAAAGAAAAAGAAGCCACAGAGUCAAGGAAGGAAAAAAGUCAGAACAGAUACAAAUGCAUCAAGUGAGUAUAAAGGACUUCAUCAAUCAAUGCAACAGCCUGCUUCAAGUUAUUCGAGGGGAUACUAUGGCAAAAGAUUCUCUGGGGAUCCAUUUCUUUCUCCAUCAGGACCCCGAGGAUUUCCUAGACCACCACAUCUAUACUCUUCAGACAGCAGGAUACGUCAGGAGUCUCCAGUGUUUCCACAACCUCAUAGAAAAGAACAUGUAAUGAUGCAACAGUAUCCCUUUCCUCCUCCAGUUUUUGGUUCCAUGAAUGAGAUGCAUCAGUUUCACCUUCCGCCUUCAAAUCCAAAUGUGAUUUGCACAGACCCAAACAUGUACAACUUAUAUCCAUUUUUGUCAAUUUCUCUACCUCCUUCAGAUAGCCAACCUUCUCAGUUCAGGCCUUACUAAGUUUUCGUAAAUGUGUAUAGAAUGUUGCAGUUUAAGGGGAGGAAGAACAGGCUGCCUGGGCCAUAUUUGCUUAUUUUGGAGAUGGUUAUUUUUUUUCUGCAAGAAUGAAACAAAAGCAGAGUUUAAUACUUUGUGGGAUGUCCACAAAAUAUUUUUUUUCUAUGUUCUUUUUGUUUCAAAGAAGAAAACUGUAUGGUAAAAAAUAAUCGAUUAUCAAAUAAUGGUUUAUUUUUAUAACUUUACCAACUUAGCAUGCUAACUAAUAAAAAUUUUUUGGAGACUGCUAUGUAGUGCUUGAAAUCUGUUCAGUAAGAAAUAGAAUUUGAUGUAACUACUGUUUUGUGGUAAUCAGGGGUGUUAUAGUUGUUUUUAAUAGCAUAGCAGUAUAACUGGUCUAAGACUAAACUGUCUCUUUUAUUUUGGCAAAUUUUAAAGUUAUUUAUAAGGAAAAUAAAAAUCCAGAUUUACCUCUGUAUAUGUAAGUUACAAAUGCCUGCUAUUGGGCUUCUGACACCUUGUUAAUUUCAUGUAACUGAAAGAAUGCAGCUGGGUUAAAUUAAAAUAAAGUAUCCUACAGUAGCUAUAAGGACAACA